GUACCAUUAGUUCCUUCUUGUCAAAUCCGUUUGGUAGCGCUCGUUCCUCUCUUGUCCCUCCCCAUCCAUCUCCCCUCCUCUCUUCUCCUCUGCUUCUGCUGAUCGCUCGUGUGCCACGCUGCAAGCAAGCUGCAGAUCGGGAGAAGCAUGGCUGUCAAUGAUGCCUCAAUAAACGGAUCGCAGCAGGACUCGACAAAGCCCAGCGACGCCGACGCCCACACUCCCGCGACCUCCGAAACCAACGGUGCAUUGACUAAUGGCAAUGGCAAUGGCAAUGGCAAUGGGGAGCAUGCCUCCUCCUCCGCCAAGGCUGAUGGAGAUGGAGAGGCAGCGCCCGCUGAAAACGUCUUCCAGCUCACGAUCAAGCUGCCGCACGCUCCGGGCGAGACGCAGGUCAUGGUCUCGAGUCAAGAGCAGGUGCAGGACAUUAGACAAUCGAUCGUUGAUACGCCGCAUACUUUCCAGUACUCUUGCUUCCACCUCGAGCAUCAAGGGAAGCGCAUCAAUGACUUUGUGGAGCUGCACGAGGUGGAGGGAAUCAGUGCAGAUCCAGUUUGCAAACUGGUGGAGGAUCCGUACACGGAGGCUCAGGCUCGUAUGCACAUCGUGAGAGUGCGCGAGCUCAUUGGAGCCGCGGGCGAUCGUACCGAUCUGGUCACGGGCAUCGAUGCGGGAAUCAGCCUGUGCGAUAGCAUCGAGCUGCCGGCAGACAAGACUGAGCAGGAUUCUAGCAACCCCAUUACCGGCUACGAUCUGAACUCGCCUGGCUCUGUUGCAACGCUGCUUCAGCGAACUCGCAGACCCGCGCCCAAGACGGUGAAGAGCGUCUCUCUCUCCGCCUGGAAUCCGCCUCCCUACCAUUUGCGCAACCGCGGACACCUGCUCUACCUCCAGGUCGUCACGAACGAGGGGGAGCAGCACUACAUUACCGCACACGUCUCCGGCUUCUACUUAAACAGGUCGACCAACAACAAGUUCGAUCCCGCGCCUCGAACCACCCCGAAGAGCGCCUCCGCGCACUCUCUGAUCAGCCUACUGUCUCAACUUUCGCCUUCCUUUGACAACAACUUCAGGCUGCUGCAGGAAUACAACGGAGAGCGAGACCCAUUGGCGUCGUAUGCUCUCAGCAAUAGCAUUCCUGCUGCGCCAUGGCUUGUUUCUGCCACUUCAGUGCAUCAACACCAGGCAGACCUUACUCGGACGCAAGAGGCCUUUUUGCUUGGUGGUGCAGAGAACGCUGAGACACUUCGUGACUGGAACGAGGAGUUUCAAUCGACUCGCGAGCUACCAAAGGAGACAGUGCAGGAUCGUGUCUUCCGCGAACGGCUGACGAGCAAACUCUUCGCAGAUUACAACGAGGCUGCAGUGCGCGGUGCGUGUCUAGUCGCGCGUGGUGAAAUCCAGCCACUCAAUCCCACAGAAGCCAAAGAUGCGCAGAUUUAUGUUUACAAUAACGUUUUCUACAGUUUCGGCGCAGAUGGCGUAGGUACAUUUGCCAGCGACGGUGGCGAUGAGGCUGCUAGGGUCGCGACUGGUAAGGACGUCCAAGGGGUGAAGGCUGUGAAUCAACUGGACAUCAAUGGACUGUUCACGCCCGGGACUGUGGUGGUGGAUUACCUUGGCAAGCGUGUUGUGGGCCAGAGUAUCGUGCCUGGUAUUUUCAAACAGAGAGAACCAGGAGAGCACCAGAUUGACUAUGGCGGAGUUGAGGGCAAGGACAUCAUUGCAACUCACGAGGGAUUUGCACGGCCUUUCAGCGAUUUGAGCAAGGCCAUGCGAGUCAAGAAACACGCUGUAUGGGACAAAGAGUUGAAGAGGCACGACCUCGAGGCCAGCGUCGAGACCAAGGGACUGUUAGGCACCGACGGCAGGAAAUACGUUCUGGACCUCUACCGAGUUACACCUCUUGAUAUUUCUUGGCUCGAGCGCCAUCGCGGUGAUGACCAGACCGACGAAAAGCGCUAUCCGCACCGCAUGACUGUGAUGCGGCCCGAACUCGUCGAAUCUUACAGGAUCAAGCAGAUGAGAGCCUUCAUCGGAAAAGAGCUCGAGAAGAAGCGUGCCGAGAAAGAGCAAGCCGCAGCAGGCGCAUCCGAUGACCAGUCUAAAGGGCUGACCAACGGUGAUGCGGAGGGAGACGCUGCUGGUGGGAGCGUAGAGAUGAACAAGCAGGAAACUGUUGACAUGUCUGCCUUCACGUUCUCGCUCAACCCCGAUGUGUUCAGUGGACAGCAGCCACAGACCGAGGAGGAGAAGAAUGAGUGGGCACAGGACGAAAAACUCGUCCGUGCGGUUUGCGAGCACCUGACGGCGGAUGUGCUACCGCGACUUGUGCACGACCUGCAGGAGGGAGAUGUGGGCUUUCCAAUGGACGGCCACAGCUUGGUGCGCGAGAUGCAUCGACGGGGUGUCAACAUCAGAUAUCUCGGUGACGUUGCACGUUUGGCGUCCGAGAAAUCCGACAAGAGAUUGGCGGCAUUGCAACAGCUCACACACCAAGAAAUGGUCAGCCGUGCGUUCAAGCAUAUCGCGAACAAGUAUCUGCGUGAUUUGACGCCGUGCUUUGCACAGAGCUGCAUUGCACACCUGUUAAAUUGUCUCGUCGGAACAAAGCUCAACUCCCAGCCUCAGCCUGAAGUUGACCGGGAGCUCAAGGCACUCUACCCCGAAGUCUCGUUCGGGUAUGAGCAAGAGACACCCGAGGGCCUCGAUCAAGAGAUUAGACGCCAAAUCUCAUUACGCUAUCGCUAUGACAUCGAGGGCGAUCUUGUGCAGAGUGGCAAAGAGCUGCAACUUGUGCGCGAAAUAUCCAAGAAGCUCGGACUCCAGCUGGAGGCCAAGGCAUACGUCUUUACGCAAGAUGCUGCUGCCGCACAGCCCAAACUGCAGGAGAAGGCUUCCGCAGAUUCACUUGCAGAGCCUCAUGCCAAUGGUACUUCGAGCAGCAAGAAGAACAAGAAGAAGAAGCAUCAAACAGAGACUCCUCAAGCCCGCGCUCAGGUCACAGCACCAGUCAGCCCGGCCGUUACAUUCCACCCUGAAAAUGUGAUGAACAUUGUCCCUCUGGUGAAGGAAGCAUCCCCCAAGAGCAUUUUGGCCGAGGAGGCGCUCGAUGCAGGUCGCAUGAGUUUACAACAAGACCAAAAGGAGCUCGGACAAGAGCUGCUUCUCGAGAGCUUGAGCCUUCAUGAGCAGAUAUACGGAAUAUUGCAUCCCGAAGUCGCUCGUGUCUACUAUGCUCUCUCAACUCUGUAUUAUGGACUUGAAGAGAAGCAAGCAGCUGCCGAACUGGCUAAAAAGGCAGUCAUUGUGUCAGAAAGGACGCUUGGCAUCGACGACGCAGAGACCAUCCUGGCCUACCUCAAUCUCAGCUUGUUUGAGCACGCGAUUGGCAAUACGAAGGAUGCUCUUGCCUAUGUCCGCCACGCACUGAACCUCUGGAAAAUCGUCUACGGCAUUCGUCAUCCCGACUCCAUCACCACGAUCAACAACGCGGCGGUGAUGCUGCAAUCGUUGAAGUCUUUCCACGAGUCCCGGCUGUGGUUCGAGGCGUCACUCGAUAUCUGUGAGGAGGUCUCAGGCAAGCAGUCUAUCAACACUGCUACCCUUCAGUUCCAGCUUGCACAGGCCCUGGCUUUAGAUCAGGACUCCAAGUCUGCAGUGACCAAGAUGCGGGAGAGCUAUAGCAUCUUCAAGACCACUCUGGGGCCUGACAAUCAAAAUACAAAGGAGGCUGAGAACUGGCUCGAGACGUUGACACACAAUGCCGUCAGUCAAGCAAAGCAGGCCAACCUGAUGCAGAACCGUAAAAUUCUGCUACGAAAUGGCCGCGCGCCGAGAGUGCAGCUGAGCGGCACGAGGCAAGUGCCUCCCGCUGGUCAAGCCACCCCAGAGGCGCUGCAAGCACCAGCAACCCCGAGCCAGGGUGGCCCAGAUCAACGUAGCGUUGAAGAGCUGCUCAAGUGGAUCAAUGGAGACAGCAACAAACAGACGACACCAAAGAAGAACACGACGAAUCCGAAACGACGACAACAGAGAGCGUAAAGUGAUGGUGGAUGCUCCAUGCGUUUUAGCAUCUGUCAUAUCCAGCAAGCUUUUGGGCGAAAGAACUGCAUUAGCGUUGCGCGUCUGAGCCGAAAAUGGCGGUUUAUGAUCUGGCUGUCAGACAGAAUUCAGACGAACCUCAGUUCUGUCUGCACACCUUGUGGUUUUGCAUGCUUAGGGUUGUUCUUUCAACGCGCUACCAUCGCCACUCACCGCUGUAUAGGUAGCGAUCUGUACAAACAUAGGGUUGUAAAAAGUAUGUACAUAUAACCAGC